AUUCUGGUUGUCUUGGUUUCACAGCUGUAUAUCCUUUCAGCUGUCAAACAGUUGAAUAAUUUGUUUGAAAACGUUAACCGAACAUAGCAUCUUUUUUUUUUUUAAAUAGCGCACUUAUUUCAAAUGACUCCUAGGCACAUCAACUCAGAGCCUUCUAUUGCAAUAAAGGGCUCUGCAUAAUCUUUACUUAUGCAGGGUAGUUCACCUGGAUUUCUUAUCUUGAAAGAGAUUGGAAACAGCCAGAGACAAUUGUUAUCUUUCGAUGACCAAAUACAAAAUUGUAAAAUAUUACAUGAAGAAACUAACUUUUUGGAAGAAGUGUUUCUAGUCUAACUAUAUUUUCUGUAUGUGUACUUGUGGUGAUUUUAAUUUGAUGACUAAAUAAAUCAAGUCAAUUAAUUAGUUAUGGUUCAUAAAGACACAUUUCAAGAUAAGGAAGUGUUGCUUUUUUUAGGUGAACGUUCCCUUUAUUCAUCAGUGACGUGUUUAAAAAUAAAUAAUAGUUUUUGUUUCUGCCUGUCCUUUUACCAAUUGGUACUCCUGUGUGUGUCUGUGAGCACAGUCUAUAUAUAAAGGGACAAGUCAGUAAUGAAUUCUGCAUGUGUUUGAAUUGCUAAUGACAUUUAGUUUUUCACAGCUUCAUAGCUUGGUGCCAAACAGCCCUGUUUUGAUUACAUAACAAAAAAAACUGUGAAAUGGACUUUUCUUGUUAUUUCUUGUUUUCUCUCUACUUUUCUCCCUUUAAUAAAAUGGGUGUUUUGUUUGUUGUUUUUGUAAAGAGCUAUAGUGAGUAUUUGUCACAAACACUGAAUACAGUGAAAUGCUCACUUACAAGCCCUAACAAUGCAGUUAAGUGAGAGAAGUGUUAAAGUAUUUACUAAAAUAAACUGAAGUAACAUUUUUUUAAUAGAAAAAUAAUUAAGUUGCAACAAAAUAACACUAGGGAGGCUAUAUACAGGGGGUACCUGUAUGAAGUACACAUAAUAGGACUGUUGGUUGUUUUUAUUUUAUUUUUAGAGAACAUAAUUUGCUCUAAAUCAGCCAUUGGAGAUUGUGUAAGGUGUAACCUAUAAUCUACACUACAGUAUGAUUAUUUGUGUUUUUAUACAAAGUUUUGUGUAAAGUCCUUUGUGAGCUACUGUAUGGUUCGAAACCCUUUUGUUGAAUCAUUUUAAAACGGAUCCAAAUGCAUGGGGGUCUUUCCAUUUCAGUUUGUUCCAAUCCAGGCCAUGUUGAUUCUCUUUCAUAUAAAUGUCUUGUUGCUAUUGAAAUGCUGCAGUCAUGGUGGAUAAUAAGAGGAAUGCCAUUGACUGGUAUGGGUUUUGGCUUUGUAUACACCCACCAAUGAUCUAUUAAAACGGUGGUGUUAACAUUUCCUGCCUGUUAUAUAGGCCGCGAUUCAAUCUGGCAAAUGGUGUAUUUCACAUUUUUCGCUUUCAAAAGUGUAUUCGAUUUGCACAGCAGUUAGUCCAGUAUGGAGGGAGAGUUAGGUAUUCGGGUCUGUCUGAUUUUUGUGCACUGAAUGAAUUCUCAGCCAGGUUUUCCAUCAACUAAACAGGUUAUGCCCAUUUCUGAAUAGAGUGUAAACUCCCCUCAGCCUCCUUCCAGGACAUCCUGCUGUAUCAAAUCAAACACUCUUCAAAACGCUUUUUGGAAAUGGCCAAUCUGCAAUUGAUUGAAUGAUGUUGGUGCCUUGGUGUUGGUGGAAAGACAUGUUACUAAUAUUGUAGGCAUAUUGAUAACAAGGGAUUACAGAAAACUGUCGAUCUCCGUAUUAUAUUUUUAAGAAUAUAUUAUUUUUCAACAAAUGGAUGUUUUGGCUAAAUAUUCAAAAGGCUUCUGACUCCCAUCACAUUAAAUGUUAGGCAGCCAGCCAUUCUCUGUGGAUGCAUCGGUUUUGUGACUCUUAACUCCUAUAAUCACAUAUUAUGGAUUUUCCUUUAUUCAAGUUUAGUAGGAUAGCCUAUGCUAUAUUCCUUUAGUGUAUGAUAUAGGCCGAUUUGCAUUUCCAUCAUAAUUAUUGGAAAUCAUUCAAUCUUUAUUAACACGCCACAUGCAGUAGGCUAGAUGUUUAGAGUAGGUGUUAUCAUGAACCUGCUCUCCUCCAGUCUUCUCAUACGUCUUUGUUGAUCUGGUGUCUGCAGCAUCACCACAGGCGCUCAAUGCAACUGCCUGCUGCCUCAAUAUGGAAACUAAUUUCCACUGAGGGAGAACAGACUAACAUCAACAAGAUUGCAAAAUGACUCCUUAUCGUUUUUUCGUAUGAAAUACAUUGAAUUCUUCCAACAUGCAAAACGACACCGCGCAACUGGCAGACUGCGAUGUGGGACACGAUGCCAAAAUCAGUCUUGCGGCACUCUAUUCUCUCAUGUCCCUGUUUGGGACCAUUUUAAACCUUUUGGUUGUCUACCUGGUCGUGACAUUUAAGAAACUUCGGACGGCUAGCAAUGCGUUUAUUGUGAACGGCUGUAUAGCCGACCUGUUGGUGUGCGCAUUUUGGAUGCCGCACGAGGCGGUGGGAAUUUAUUCUGGAAGCCCUUUCCCCGCUGGGUACCAAGCCUUCAAAGAUGCGCUCUUAUUCCUCGGCAUCACUGUCUCUCUUCUCUCCCAUUCCCUGAUCGCCGUCAACCGAUACGUGUUGAUUACCAAAUCACCAGUGACCUAUCUGUCCAUCUACCAAAAAAGACGCACAGAAUGGAUGAUAAGCGCUUCGUGGCUUUCGGCGCUGGGAUUUAUUUUACCCUGGAUCACAUCUUUACGGUACCCACAGGAAGGAUGCUCAUAUCUCCCGGCUUCCGCAGCAUCACUGCUCAAAGGAGGGAAGCCCAUUUUCUCUGACCCAUUUGCAGCUGGUACCCUGGCGUUGACUAUUAUUGGUCAGACAAUGGUUGUUCUGUAUUGCUAUUUAAAAAUCUUUCGAAGGGUGCAGAUCAGUGUGAAGAGGGUCAGCAUAUUACAUUUUCCUAUAGUAAAUAACCUUCCAUAUUCCUUCCCCAGAAAGGACAAACGUUUGGGGUUCUACGUGUUGGCAGUGUGUUUCAUAUUCAUACUCACUACACAGCCCCUUUUCUGGGUGUUAUCAAUAGCGCUUUUUACCACAGUGCCAUUGGCACUAAGGACUUGUUCUUGGAUGUUUUUCUGCACUCUCUUUGUUACAAACCCAUUUCUCUACACUUGGAAGAACGAGGAGUUUAGAAAAUCUUUCAGAUCCGUGCUCAAGGGAGAAUUUUGGAGAGGGUCUACAGUUGGGGUUGAGCCCAUCACAAUUAAUACAAUAUCUCACCUUCUGCCGAGACAAAACAGUAGAAGGGCAUUUUUGGCUGAGAUAAAUUGAACAGCAUCUGAACUGCAAUGACAUUGGUCCCCUGUAAGGAUACAUCCCUAUAGUGUUUUAGAAAGCUUACCUGGCAACUCAAUUCAAAAUUAAGCUAUUGGUUGCUCAGUAUUGUAAAAUGUUAGUGAUGCUGUUAAGGUAUUAUUAUUAUUAUGUAGUGCCAUUAUGCAAUAAAUUGUAGGUCAACCAGAAGAACACUCAGCAAAUGAAUACAUAGUUUGUAAAACAUUGUAUCAAAUUCGUUUUUGUUUAUAUUCAUGUAUUUUUCUAUAUACAUUUUUUAUGGACCAUGGUUGUAAUAAGCCUUUAUGCAAAUUGUAAAUCCGCUUAUGUGUUCAUUUUAAUAAAGCUGAAAAUUA